AUGGUAAGUGCUCUACAUGCCUUUGGUUUGGCGGUAUGGCUCGCCGUAGUGGCGGCCCGCGUCGACGACGACGAUGACAAAAAGUCGUCUCUGUCGAUCACAAUCAUCAUCACCAACUCCAACCUCGGGUCCGGGUUUUCGCUUAACACCGACUCCACCACCACCCUGCUGACAAGAACAACAACCUCGAGUGCCGUGUCCGAAGGACUGGUGGUUUCCGAGGAAGACAACGACUCGUCGCUUUUGCGGUUUUUGUUCACCGAAACCUCCAGUUAUUACAACAUCCCGGUGACAAUAAACCACCAGUCAUUGGAUCUUCGACUUGAUGUGCUACAGAACGAUGCUUGGGUGCUCAAUGGUAAUGAGAUGAUGGAUUGCGGUGAAAUUGACAGCUGGUGGUCGUCGUACUCAACGGCGUUCGAGGACUCCUCGGCCUCGACCCUGAUCCCCGCUAGUCUCACCACCGCUGCUGAGUAUACUGCUUUAUACUGCGGAGAUGCUGGGUUGUUCACCACGAGCACCAACGCCACGGUGGCAGAGCCCGACUACGGCGGGUACCAGCCAGCGGAGGAAGUGGCGGUGGCAUACAUAGACCUGAUCAACGCUACGGGUGAGGUUCUUACCGGUAAUUUCAGUGUGGCCAGCUCCAACCAGCAGUUGGUAGAACUUAAAGACUUCCAGUUCAUCGAUGCCGACACGUCAAACGUCUAUGUAGGCGGCUUUGGCCUCGCACACAAUAACAACACCGAUACCGGUAUCAUGGCCGGGUUGGUCGACAGCGGUGUCAUCUCACACCUGAGCUACUCGUUGUAUUUCAAUAACUUCGCCAACUCGAAUGUUUCUUUCGCGAUGGUUUUCCCAGGAGCCGUCAACUCCAAAUACUACACGGGAGAUUUGUACCAGUUCAACGUGUUGGACAUCGAGGGCACACGGUUCGACGACGACCUGGCCCUAGCGGCGUACGGUAACCGUCGGGUGCAGCUGAUGGUGCUUCCGAGCUUUGAGCUCACGGAUAUCUUAAUCGAGAGCCUGGGGGGUGAGUCGCAGAGCUUGCAGUCAAAACUGACGGUAUUGGCAGCGGUGUUUGACCUGAGAACAAUCUACAACUCGAUCCCCCUCCUGGUGAUUGUCAACUUGGCGAUCCAAACUAAUGCCUUCUACAACGACGAGGUGGCUCGAUGGAUCGUUCAGUGUGAUACCAUUCGUGAGACCCAUGCCACUCUCAACUUCCAGAUGCACGAGCUUUUGAUUCAAGUGCCGAUUGACGACAUUUUGAUCAAUGCCGUCAUCUACGAAAAACAGUUGACGUUCUCCAAUGGGGCCGAUGCUUGUUUCCUCAGCGUACUCCCGAUGACGGGAUCGUACGCGACGUUGGGACUUUCGGCAAUGAAGUCGGUGUUUAUGGCGGUGGACCAUGAGGGAGGCACCAUCGGCUUGGCCCGUGCCAACAAAGGGGUUCAGGUGAAGUACUCAGACUACUUCCCGGACGACGACAACACAUUGAGCCCGUACGAGCCAGACAAUGGGUUCAAUUUUUCAAAAGAGUCCGUGGAGCUGAUUAGUGAGAUUUCUCCCGGCACCAUUCCUUUUGCAACCACCGCAUCGCGCGAAAACUCCAUGACUUUGAGCUACGAGGCUGGAGGCAGCCAGGCCGAAUCGUUAACGAUUCCCGCGCGAUUAUCGGGAGUCUUGAUUUCAUCGGGCGAGGUUGUGGUGACACAGAACGCCCAGGAGCUGACGCUGGACUCGUCGUCGGCGACGGCGGCGCUGGAGGAUAGUCAUAGCAAGAACGGGUCUGGUUCUAACCACCAUUCGCUCUGGCAGUUGAUAGUAUUGGUAGUGUUCCCGGCUGUGCUUCUAGCGGUGUAG